GAAUCAUCCGCUGAUGCAGCCACUGACACCGCUACAAAGACUGUCUCCCCUGAGGAUAUCGCCGCCCAGCUCACUGUCGCCAGAUGGCAACUCUUGUCCACGCAGUGGCAGCCCUUUGAGUCCCAAUUCCUUGGCUUCGCGUGGCUAUCGCUCGCUGCCGUAUCCGCUCAAGAAGAAGGAUGGCAAAAUGCACUACGAGUGCAAUGUGUGCUGCAAGACCUUCGGCCAGCUCAGUAAUCUCAAGGUGCAUCUUCGCACGCAUUCCGGGGAGCGACCUUUCAAGUGCAACGUCUGCACCAAGAGCUUCACCCAGUUGGCCCACCUGCAGAAGCAUCAUUUGGUGCAUACCGGCGAGAAGCCGCAUCAGUGCGACAUCUGCAAGAAGCGCUUCUCCAGCACCUCCAACCUGAAGACGCAUCUACGCCUGCACAGUGGUCAAAAGCCCUAUGCUUGUGAUCUCUGUCCGCAGAAGUUCACACAGUUUGUGCAUCUGAAGUUGCACAAACGUUUGCACACAAAUGAUCGUCCCUAUGUGUGCCAGGGCUGCGAUAAGAAGUAUAUCAGCGCUUCAGGGCUGCGCACUCACUGGAAAACUACGAGUUGCAAGCCCAACAAUCUCGAGGAGGAGCUUGCCAUGGCGGCAGCUGCCACAUCCGAGUGUCUAGACAAAGAUUUGCCGGAGCCGGACUCGCGUGAGGCAUACGAGCAGUUGCAACAACACAUGCAACAUCCGCAUCCUGUGCAUCCAAGUCUGCGACAUUUGGCGGGCGGACAGUCGCCGCCGCGUCUCAUACCCCUGGGCGGCAGCAUGCACAUGCAACAGUUGCAACAGGGUCAUCAGCAGCAGCAGCAGCAACAACAACAACAACAGCAGCAUCAGCAGCAGCAGCAACAUGCAACAUCACAUUUGUUGCACUCGCCACAUGGACAUGGCGGUGCACCAAUGUUGCUGACCACCGCCAAUCAGUUGCCACCGCCCACAACGCCGCACCAACACAUGCAACAACAGCAGCAACAGCAGCAGCAACAUCAGCAACAUGCACAGCAGCAACAUCAACUGGCAACAUCGCAUCAUAUGACGCAACAUUCGCCGAAAUCGUUGAAGCCGUUGCAAGAUUCAUACUUGCCACAUGUGGCACAUGUGGUGCAGACGCAGGAGAAUCGACCAUCAGUUAUUGAAUCCUCCAAUCAGCCCAUGAUCAUUGAGUGCACGUAGAAACACUCACAAAAAAAAUACAAACAGAAUUCUAAUUAGAAAUUAAAGUGCAAUAACAAAAAAAAAAAGAAAAGAAAAGAAAAAGUUGUAGAAAUUAAGUUAACGGUACACAGACAGACGCACGUGACUGUAGCACAAGUAUUAUUAUUAGUUUGUACAUAUAGAAUCCACACACACAAUCCACACAAUCCACACACUCAAAAUUUCAACUCAUUUCGCGCUAUGAAGAAAAAAAAAACGAUCUCAACAAUUGGCAAUUCCCAACAAGAAAAACAUAAAAAAAAACGCAUAUUAUUUUUGAUAAAUAUUUAAAAAAAAGCAAAAAAUAUUGUUUAUAACAAAAAUAAAUAAAUAAGCGAAAUGCAAGCAGCAAAUUAAAUACAAUUCAUAAGAAAAUGCAUUUAAAUUUGAUUUGAGUUUUAGUUGUACAUUUGACACAGUUAUGCAUAGAAGUAAACACACACACACAGAACAUAUACAUAAUAUAAUUAUACAUAAUAAUUAUAUAUAAACAAUUAGAAUCAAGUUGCCUUAUUUGAAUUUCGUUAGCACUGAAAAAUAAAAAAAACAAAAACAAUUUGCUUACAAUUCCAAAUUUUGAGCAGAAAGCAAUAAGAACAACAACAAGCGAAACAAGACAAAAGGCAGUAGAAAAAAUAUAGAAAACUGAUGUCAAACUGCAUAUACGUAUUUUAUAUAUAAAUAUAUUUAAUAUAUAUAUUUGUAUGUAUUUUAUGUGCAACAAUUUUGUAAAUAAAUCGAGAGAAAAUGUAUGGAAAAAAUCAAAAUCUAAUGAAUGCCUGUUAAAUUACGAUUAAUGAACCGCUUCAUUCAACUAGUGUUUAGUCUAUUAAUUACGUAGCCAAGUAGUGUUUAAACAUUAUCAUUAUGAUUAUGAUUAUUAUAUGAUUAUA